GCACCGAAGCCUGUUUCAUCAACAAGUCGCUCCACCGCACACAUCCGGCAUGGACUUUGAUCUCGAGGACCUCGUAAAUGUGGAGCAGACGUUCUACGAAGACGGCUACAAGGAUGGUUUCGCGCACGGGCGCAUCCACGGCCUGAUAGAGGGCCGCGCGCUUGGCCGCGAGAAGGGUUUCGAAAUGUGGGAAGAGCUCGGCUUUUACGAGGGCUUUGCCCUGAUGUGGAAGGCGAUCCUCGACGCGCAAGGAGCUCAAGAUGAACGCGCUCAGAACCACAUACGACACCUUCUCGAGCUCAUCCAAAAGUUUCCACGCGUCAACCCUUCCACGGCAGUCGCAGAAAACGAAGCUGCAGGUUCUAGUUCCGAGCUCGAUAUUCCGAGGCUUUUCCGCCAGAUCCGCUCGCGUUACAAGGUUUUCUGCGCCGCGCUGGGUAUUCGACCCACCUUGCGAGCCGCAGAUAACCCUUCCUCCCCCCCUGACCGUGAUGCCAUGCACGACGAUCUCUCAGGGAUGGAUAUCGAACCUACACCCUCGAGCACGGGUAGGGCGAAGUCGGAACGCAGGAAGGUGUGGGCCCUCCACAACCCCCGCGCAGACAAUGCACAGAGCGGCGGAACGGAGCUGAACUUCUAACGAUCUGGAGGCGGAGGCGAAGCUCUUGGUUCGUAUGGCGUCGGGUAUUUGGGUUGCUUCCUGCCCUGCGCCGCGCGGGGCGGGGCGAGGAGAGGAUGCGCGCCGCGGCUUAUCGCGCGACUUAUGACCUGGCCACAGGACACUAGCAAGGUACGACGCUGCUGUUUGCCUGGUGCUGAAGCGACGUUCCUAGCUCAAGGAAGGCACUCGUUGUCCGCUGAAUCCCGCGGUUGACAGAAUCCGUGCUAUUUCUCCUUGCACGGAACUGCUUCACGGGUGGCUGUAUUCCGUUGUUCCGUUCUCCUUAUGCGCGCUCCGAGGUUGAAAGGCGGAUGGACGGAGAGCGGACGUGGCCGUGAUAGAACAGUUGCUGCAUCGAGAUACUUCCAAUGGUGUAUCGACG